AUGCCUCAGUCAGCAUCUGUACAACAACUGUCCGCUUUAUCAAUCACUGAACGUAUAUGCUCCACCAUAUCUCUAAUCGGUACUUCCAUGAUCGUCAUUACUUUCUUAAGAUCACCUUCGUUCCGAAAAUCAAUCAAUCGCUUAGUUUUCUACGCCUCUUGGGGCAAUGUUAUGGCAAAUAUCGCAACGCUGAUCUCACAAGUGGGAUCCAUGCUGGAGUUGGAGGAUCUCUAUGUCAAUUCCAAGCUUUCUUGUUUUAUGCCGGCGGAUGCGCUGUGGACAUUCGCAAUGGCUUGUAAUGUCUACCUAAAUUUUUUCCACAAGUACAGUUCCGACCAACUACGCCGGUUGGAGUGGAAGCACUUAAUAUGCUGCUAUGGGUUGCCUUUUAUUCCUGCCUUUGUCUACUUUUUUAUUCAGACAGAUGAGCGUGGUCGAGUAUAUGGCUCCGCCAUACUCUGGUGCUGGGUUUCCUUACAGUGGGAUUAUCUCCGAAUUGCUACGUUCUAUGGCCCCGUAUGUUUCGUAAUCGCGUUAACGUUCGCCAUCUACCUCCGCGCCGGAUCAGUCAUUUAUCAGAAACGUCGUCAACGACAAAUAAUCGGAGGAAUUGAGUCCAGGAAUUCAAUUUCAACUAGAUCUUUGGCAGGUAUUCAGGUCACUCGUGAGAUUGCUUGCUCUUCGCCAGUCUCCCAGGCAAGGUCACCUCAUAGUUCCAAGCGAAACAGCGGCUCAGGGGCCUCGUUUUGGAUUCCAUACUCCGUCACCAUUGAGGCUUGUCAUCUUGAAUCUAUGGUAACGACUCAGUCUCCUCCUGAAGCUUCGGAGUAUGCGCAAGGUUCUAGUUCACGACUCGAGGCGGGUCCUUCUCAAAUAGAGAAGCCUAUGAGAACAGUACGCUCUGAAGGAAGCGAAUCAUAUAUUCAAAGAAGAUUUCUGACGGAGAGUAACCCUGCAAAGUGGGUGUAUACUAAGUAUGCAAUGUUAUUCUUCGUUGCUUUGUUGGUCACUUGGGUUCCUUCCACGGCCAAUAGAGUAUGUGCUCUUGUUCGGCCUGAUGCAUUCUCUUUUGGUCUUAAUUAUGCUUCUAGUUUUGUUCUUCCAUUGCAGGGAUUCUGGAACAGUUUGAUCUAUGUAUCAAUCUCGUGGCCGGCUUUUAAGACACUUGAAGCUAAGUUGAGAUACCGUAUAUCAGAAUGGCGCAGGCUUUUUAACCGUGCAAAUAGUUGA